AUGAUGUUGCACCAUACUUCAAGACUGAACCAGGCUUGCCCCAGAUACACUUGGAAGGAAAUCGACUCGUACUUACGUGCCUUGCCGAAGGCAGCUGGCCCUUGGAAUUUAAGUGGUUACACAAUGACAGUGAAAUAACCACCUACUCCAGUGAAUAUAAGUACAUCGUCCCAGCUUUGCAGAGGUCUGAUGCUGGGUUUUAUCGGUGUGUCGUACGGAACAGGAUGGGGGCGUUGCUGCAGAGGAGAUCUGAAGUUCAAGUGGCAUACAUGGGAAAUUUCAUGGACACGAACCAGAAAAAAACAGUGACUCAAGGACAAGCUGCAGUUCUAAACUUCCUGCACAUACUCAGCUAUCCAAGACCACAAGUGACAUGGUUCAGAGACGGGCACAAGAUUAUACCAAGCAGCAGAAUAGCCAUCACACUGGAGAACCAGCUGGUGAUCCUCGCAACAUCAGCGACGGACGCAGGACGCUAUUAUGUCCAGGCGGUCAAUGAAAAGAAUGGAGAGAACAAGACAAGUCCGUUUAUUCAUCUCAGCGUAGCAAGUGCUGGAGACCUGUCUGACACCGCGGCUCCCGUCAUCGUAAUUCCUCCUCAGAAUACCAGCGUGGUAGCAGGGAGCAGCGAAGUCACUCUGGAGUGUGUGGCCAGUGCAAGACCUCUUGAGAGACUAAGUGUGACCUGGAAGAGAAAUGGAGUAAAAAUAACCAGUGGCAUUAGCAGUUUUGGGAGACGACUCACUGUCACCAACCCAACCUCUGCCGAUGUGGGGAUGUACGUCUGUGAAGCCAAAUUGAGAGACAGCACAGAGGAACCAGCAAGAGCAAAAGCCUUCCUUUCUAUAACAGAACCACCGUACUUCACGGCUGAGCCCGAGAGCGUGAUUUUGGCUGAAGUGGAGAAGGACGUGGACAUCCUGUGCCAAGCGAUGGGUGUUCCCAUUCCCACCCUGACUUGGUAUAAGGACUCUGUUCCUCUCAGCAAGCUGGAAAACCCUCGCUACAAAGUGCUGCUGAGCGGUGGGCUCCGGAUCCAUGCGCUGCGUCCUCAGGACGCUGGAAUCUUCCAGUGUUUUGCGAGUAAUAAAGCUGGGGAGAUCCAGACGUACACCUACCUGGAUGUGACUAACAUUAAACCAGCAUUUAUCCAGCCUCCCGAGGACACUACGGUUACAGAGGGGAUGACCGCAGUGCUAACCUGUGAAGUUUCAGGGGCUCCAAAACCUGCCAUCUCCUGGAAGAAAGGAAACCAGACCUUAGCCAGUGGCUCAGUUCAGAUCCCUCGGUUCAUCCUGCUUGAGUCUGGAGGGCUCCAGAUAACACCCGUUUUCCUCCAGGAUGCCGGCAAUUAUACGUGCUGUGCAGUCAACUCUGAAGGAGCUCUGAACGCUUUUGUGAUGCUGACAGUGUGGAACCGCACUUUCAUUGUUCGCCCUCCUGAGGAUAGCACUGUGAUCAAAGGAACCACGGCCGCUCUGCGAUGUGAAGCGACUCAUGAUCCUAGAAUUUCAAUCAGGUAUGUUUGGAAGAAGGACAAUGUUGUAAUAAAUCCAUCCAGCAGUUCCAGGAUCACAGUAGAGAAAGAUGGAACCCUCCUCAUCAGCCAAACGUGGUCGGGUGACAUUGGAGACUACACUUGUGAGGUCAUUUCUUCCGGAGGAAAUGACUCGAGAAUGGCUCGACUAGAAGUGAUUGAGCUGCCUCAUUCCCCUCAGAAUCUCGUGGCCGCUCUAAAUUCCUCGUACAGCCGCAGCGUGAUGCUCUCCUGGGUGCGCCCCUUUGAUGGGAACAGCCCUCUUCUCUACUACAUGGUGGAGCUCUCUGAGAACAAUUCUCCCUGGAAGGUUCAUCUAUCAAACCUUGACCCAAAGAUGACCGGUGUCACUGUGAGCGGACUGACUCCAGCCCGAACCUACCAGUUCAGGGUGUGUGCGGUUAACCAGGUGGGCAAGGGCCAGUACAGCUCCGAGACCAGCAGGUUGAUGCUACCUGAGGAGCCCCCCAGUGCCCCACCUAAAAACAUAGUGGCCAGUGGACGCACCAAUCAGUCCAUCAUGGUCCAGUGGCAACCUCCUCCUGAGAGUGAGCACAAUGGAGUUCUUCAUGGGUACAUCCUAAGGUAUCGCCUGGCCGGCCUCCCUGGAGAAUACCAGUAUAAGAACAUCACCAGUGCAGAAAUUAACUACUGCUUAGUGAAAGACCUGAUCAUUUGGACCCAGUAUGAAAUCCAGGUGGCGUCUUACAAUGGAGCUGGGCUGGGAGCAUUCAGCAGACCUGUGACAGAGUACACGUUACAGGGAGUUCCUACAGCCCCACCGCAGAACGUGCAAGUCGAAGCUGUGAACUCCACAACCAUCCAGUUCCUCUGGAACCCUCCGCCCCAACAGUUCAUCAAUGGAAUUAACCAAGGAUACAAGCUUCUAGCGUGGCCAGUGGAUGCUCCAGAGACUGUGACUGUGGUCACCAUCGCUCCAGAUUUUCAUGGGGUUCAUAGUGGCUGCAUCACCAACCUGAAGAAAUACACCACUUACUACACGUCGGUUCUGUGUUUCACCACACCUGGAGAUGGACCACGAAGCACACCGCAGCUCCUGCGCACCCUUGAAGACAAGCCCGGAGCGGUGGGACACCUGAGUUUCACUGAGAUUCUGGACACGUCUCUCAAGGUCAGCUGGCAAGAACCUGUAGAGAAAAAUGGCAUCAUUAUAGGGUACCAGAUCUCCUGGGAGGUGUAUGGCAGGAAUGAAUCACGUCUUGCCCGCACGCUAUCCAACACAACGCUGGAGUACAAGAUCACGGGGUUGUCGUCUCUCACCACCUACACCAUCGAGGUGGCAGCCGUGACCGCAAAAGGCAGCGGAUGGGUCACGUCCUCCACCAUCUCUUCUGGUGUGCCCCCAGAACUCCCAGGUGCUCCAUCCAACCUGGUGAUUUCCAACAUCAGCCCUCGCUCCGCCACGCUCCAGUUCCGGCCGGGGUAUGACGGCAAAACCUCCAUCUCCAAGUGGAUAGUCGAAGGGCAGGUUGGGGUACUGGGGGAUGAAGAGGAGUGGGUGACUCUUCGUGAGGUGGAGAAUGAACCUGAUGCUCAGAUGCUGGAGGUACCGAACCUUACUCCUUACACUCAUUACAGGUUCCGGAUGCGGCAGGUGAACGUGGUGGGUCCCAGCCCGCUCAGCCAGCCCUCCCGUGUCAUCCAGACGCUGCAGGCUCCGCCAGACGUGUCCCCUGGGAGCGUCACCGUGCGCACGGCCAGCGAGACCAGCCUGUGGCUGCGAUGGCCCCUCCCUGACACCCAGUAUAAUGGCAACCCAGAGUCCGUGGGGUACAGGAUAAAGUUGUGGCGUGUGGACCUGCAGUCUGCUGCCCUGAUGAAGGUUAUUAAUGACCGACUGGAAAGAGAGUACACGAUUGAAGAUCUGGAGGAGUGGACGGAGUAUGAACUGCAGAUCCAGGCUUUCAAUGCCAUCGGGGCAGGACCAUGGAGCGAAGUAGUGAGAGGUCGGACGCGGGAGUCGGUUCCCUCUGCUCCUCCUGAGAACGUCUCUGCUGAAGCCGUGAGUUCAACCCAGAUCCUCCUGACAUGGACAGCGGUCCCCGAGUCCGAGCAGAAUGGUCUCAUCCUGGGUUACAAGAUACUUUUCAAAGCAAAAGAUUUGGACUCUGAACCAAAGAGCCAAAUAGUCCGAGGUAACCACACUCAGUCGUUCCUGCUGUCUGGCUUGCGGAAAUACGUGCUCUAUGAGAUCCAGGUGUUGGCAUUCACGCGGAUCGGAGAUGGAGUCCCCAGCUCUCCUGCAGUGAUAGAAAGAACCAAGGAUGAUGCCCCCGGGCCACCCGUGAGGCUGGUGUUCCCCGAGGUGAGGCUGACAUCCGUACGGAUUGUUUGGCAGCCGCCGGAGGAGCCCAACGGAAUUAUUCUGGGGUACCAGAUCGCCUACCGUCUGGCCAGCAGCAGCCCCAACAAGUUCACGACGGUGGAGGUUGGCUCGACGGUCCGGCAGUUUACGGCUACAGAUCUUGCCCCUGAGUCAGCGUACAUCUUUCGGACAUCUGCCAAGACCAGGCAGGGCUGGGGGGAGCCUCUGGAAGCCACAGUGAUCACAACAGAAAAAAGAGAACGACCAGCACCUCCCAGACAGCUGAUGACCCCCCAGGGCAAUGUGUCAUCACGGAGUCUGCUGUUGAAGUGGGUCCCCGGAAGCGAUGGAUCUUCACCCAUCCGAUAUUUUACAGUACAAGUGCGAGAACUGCCAAACGGAGACUGGCAAACCUACUCCUCUUCCAUCAGCCACGAGGCAACAUCCUGCAUUAUUGAAAGCUUAAACCCAUUCACCUCUUACAAACUGCGAGUGAGAGCAACCAACGACAUCGGAGACAGCGACUUCAGUGCAGAGACCGAAGCAGUGACAACCCUGCAGGAUGUUCCAGGUGAACCACCCAGUUCUGUGUCAGUAACUCCCCACACAACUUCCUCUGUCCUUGUGCAGUGGCAGCCACCCAAAGCUGAGAGUCUCAAUGGCUUGCUGUUGGGAUACCGGAUCUACUACCGGGAGCUGGAUUACGACGCUGGAGUUGGAACAGAAUCCAAAACCAUCCCGAACCCUUCACCUUUAAGAGCAGAGCUCACACCCCAAAGCAGCUUCAAGACAGUGAACAGCAGCUCUGCAUUAACGACAUAUGAAUUAACACAGUUGAAAAAAUACAAGAGGUAUGAAGUACUAAUGACAGCAUAUAAUGUAAUUGGUGAGAGCCCUACCAGCACACCAGUGGAAGUGUUUGUGGGUGAAGCAGCACCAGCGCUGGCCCCACAAAAUAUCCAAGUCAACUCCCUUUCUGCAAGCCAGCUGGAGCUCACCUGGGACCCCCCUCCUGCUGACAGCCAGAAUGGGAACAUCCAAGGCUACAAGAUUUAUUAUUGGGAGAGUGACACCCAAAAUGACACAGAGAAAGUGAAGGUCCUUUUCCUCCCGGAGACGACCAUCCGGCUCAAAAACCUGACCAGCCACACACAGUACAUGGUCUGCAUCUCUGCCUUCAACGCAGCCGGGGAUGGCCCCCGGAGCAGCCCCUCGCAGGGCAGGACGCACCAGGCGGCACCCAGUGCCCCCAGCUUCUUGGCGUUCUCUGAAAUCACUUGCACUACACUCAAUGUGUCUUGGGGCGAGCCGACAGCAGCAAAUGGAGUCCUGCAGGGUUAUCGAGUAGUCUAUGAGCCUUUGGCUCCCAUCCAGGGGGUGAGUAAGGUGGUGACCGUGGAUAUUAAAGGGAACUGGCAACGCUGGCUGAAGGUCCGAGAUCUCACCAAGGGCAUGACCUAUUUAUUCCGAGUGCAAGCCCGAACCAUUGCCUAUGGACCUGAAGUGCAAGCCAACGUCACAGCUGGGCCAGCAGAAGGGUCUCCUGGCUCCCCUCAGGAAAUUCUGGUGACGAAGUCUGCUUCUGGGCUGACGCUGCAAUGGACCGAAGGAGAUUCAGGAGAAAAACCCACAACUGGUUACAUUAUAGAGGCACGACCCUCAGAUGAAGGACUGUGGGAUAUGUUUGUGAAGGACAUCCCUCGCAGCGCUACCUCCUACACAGUCGGCCUGGACAAACUCAGACAGGGUGUGACCUACGAAUUUCGGGUGGUGGCUGUCAACGAAUUUGGCUAUGGAGAGCCAAGUGUUCCUUCUGUGGCAGUAUCAGCACAAACAGAAGCUCCUUUCUAUGAGGAGUGGUGGUUUCUGCUGGUGAUGGCUCUCUCAAGUCUGAUCCUCAUCCUCCUGGUGGUGUUUGCAUUGGUCCUGCAUGGCCAGAGCAAGAAGUACAAGAACUGCAGCACAGGUAAGACCAUCUCCAACGUGGAAGAGUCGGUCACCCUGGAUAACGGAGGCUUCACAGCUCUGGAGCUCAACAGCAGACACCUGAACAUCAAGAGCACCUUCUCAAAGAAGAAUGGAACCAGGUCUCCUCCUCGCCCAAGCCCCGGGGGGCUGCACUACUCUGAUGAGGAUAUCUGCAACAAGUACAACGGAGCUGUGCUGACCGAGGGCUUGGGCCUGAACGAGAAGCCCUUAGAAGUGUCGGAGUCUGAGGCCACUGACUCGGAUUAUGAAGAUGAGUUGCCAAAGCACUCCUUUGUGAACCAUUACAUGAGCGACCCCACGUACUACAACUCAUGGAAGCGGCAGCAGAAGGAGGUGAAGCACCCAGCAUCCUAUCGAUACGAGGAGUGUGCCGCCAGCGAGACAGAACCCUAUUUCCAGACUGUCAUCACGACACAGAGCUCAGGAGGGGUGUACACCCCAACGGGACAGCCUGCGCCCGGCUCCCGGACUCCAGUGACAGGGUUCUCCUCCUUUGUCUGAAAUGGGGCUG